GACCCGUAUUUCCGGUUUGGUUGUUGUGUCCUCAUAAGCAGCCGUCAGUCUCCUGUAUACAGGCUGUCUGCUGCUAGCUCUGUUAGCACUGUUAGCUCUGUUAGCUCUGUUAGCUCUGUUAGCACUGUUAGCACUGUUAGCUCACAGCUGAACCCUCCCCCUUUAGGUUGGACUAAGAUGACUCUACAGAGUCCGGGUCCUGCUAGCUGCUAGCAACCCCCGCUACACGGCUACAGUUAGCUUAGCGGUAGCUGCUGCUAGCUCCUCGUUAGCUUCCUAUGUAGCUAACGGAGAGCUGCUGCGUGUCUCCGGCUGUUUGUUCCGAUGAAAGCCCCGGAGAGGCCCCGCUGACAUGGACCCACGGCCCCUUACAGGAUCAUCUGUGUAAAGAAGUUGAGUCCAUCAGCUCUCAUCUCGGUGUGAAGCCUGUGGAGACCUUCUUGAGCUGAUCUGAGGUCAGAGUUUCACCUUCACCCUGAGGACACCUGCCAGCAGCCAUGCUGACCUAGAAUCAGCUGUUAGUUUGUGCAGUGAGCUGAACCCCAGAGACAGAGAUCAUGUCUGAGAACCAGGCCAACAACAACAACGUCCCUCUGAACAACAACAACAACAACAUGGGACCCAACAGGAUUCGAAACCCCAACAUCAACCAGAACCCCCUCAUCAACGUCCGAGACCGCCUCUUCCACGCCCUCUUCUUCAAGAUGGCCGUCACAUACGCCCGACUGUUCCCUCCGUCCUUCAGGAGGGUCUUUGAGUUCUUCGUCCUGCUCAAGGCGCUCUUCGUCCUCUUCAUCCUCGCCUACAUUCACAUCGCCUUCUCUCGCUCGCCCAUCAACUGCCUGGAGGUGGUGAGGGAGCGCUGGCCUCGUGACGGCAUCCUGCGUGUGGAGAUCCAGAGGAACUCUAGCCGAGCCCCCGUCUUCCUGCAGUACUACGACUCCAUGGGCCUCCAGGAGGAGCUGGAGGCUGAGCAGGAGGGAGGAGGAGCAAGAGGAGUGGUGGGGCUCAGCCUGGCAGCGCUGCAGGAGGAAGAGGAGGACGAGGAGGAGAUGACCCUGGAGAUGUUUGACAACAGCUCAGUGCAGUUUGAGCUGGAUAUUGAGCCUCGACUGAAGCCGUCUCUGAUUGGAGGAGGUGUUGGAAGAGGAGGAGCAGUAGGAGGAGCAGGAGGAGUGAACGACAGCCAGGACAUCUCCUUCAGCCCGACCACUAAAGGUAUGCAGCCGCUGAAGGACUCAGUGUCUGAGCUGGAGAUGAUGACCAGAGCAGUGUGGCCUCAGGAGGAGUACAUCGUGGAGUAUUCUCUGGAGUAUGGCUUCCUGCGUUUGUCUCAGAGCACCAGACAGAGACUCAACAUCCCCGUCAUGGUCGUCACUUUGGAUCCCAUGAAGGACGAGUGUUUCGGUGACGGCUUCAGUCGCUUUCUGCUCGACGAGUUCUUGGGCUACGAUGACAUCCUGAUGUCCAGUGUGAAGGCGCUCGCAGAGAACGAAGAGAACAAAGGGUUCCUGAGAAAUGUGGUGUCUGGAGAACAUUACCGCUUUGUCAGCAUGUGGAUGGCCAGAACCUCGUACCUGGCUGCCUUUGUCAUCAUGGUCAUAUUCACUCUAUCAGUGUCCAUGCUGCUCAGAUAUUCUCACCACCAGAUCUUCGUCUUCAUUGUGGAUCUUCUUCAGAUGUUGGAGAUGAACAUGACUAUCGCCUUUCCAGCAGCCCCUCUGCUCACCGUCAUCCUGGCUCUUGUUGGCAUGGAGGCCAUCAUGUCUGAGUUCUUCAACGAUACGACAACGGCCUUCUACAUCAUCCUCAUCGUCUGGUUGGCCGAUCAGUAUGACGCCAUCUGCUGUCACACAAAUACCAGCAAACGCCACUGGCUGAGGUUCUUCUAUCUUUACCACUUUGCCUUCUACGCGUAUCACUACCGCUUCAACGGGCAGUACAGCAGCCUGGCCCUGGUCACCUCCUGGCUCUUCAUCCAGCAUUCCAUGAUCUACUUCUUCCACCACUACGAGCUUCCUGCCAUCUUGCAGCAGAUCCGGAUCCAGGAGAUGCUGCUUCAGAACCAGCAGGCAGGUCAGGCCAACCAGACGGCCCUGCAGGACAACCUGAACAACAACAACAGUGCUGCUGCAGGACCAGGACCAGGACCAGGACCUACCAACGCUGCACAACCAGGACCCAACAGCAGCCAGCAGGAGGCUCAGACUGACCCCAUGACCUCCUCCUCCCCAGCAGCUUCAGGAGGUGGAGGGGAGGUGAGGUCGGAGCUGAACUGGGUCGCUCAGACAGCGGCCAUCAUCACUGAAGCUCUGUCCUCCUCCAGCCAGCACUCCUCUGCUGACACUAUGGAUGGAGGAGGUGCAUCUGGAGGUCAGGGGUCAGCAGGAGCAGCAGAUGUCAGCGUGUUGGCUGGGUUCUGGAUGGAAGGAGGAGGAGCAACGGGAGGAGGAGGAGGAGGAGGAGCAGCAGCAGCAGCAGGAGGGGGAGCAGCAGAUGGAGGUGUAGAAGAUCAGAAAGUUGUUUCUGUUGAAAUCAAAACCACAGCAGGAGGAGCUGAUCCUCCAAUCAGAGGGCUCCAGGAGGUGGAGGCGGGGCCUUUGGAGGAGACCUGCUCACAGACAGACUGCUCCCCCCCACUGAGUCCAGGUUCAGACUGCAGAGCACCGCAGACCCCGUCCUGAGAGCCCAGAUGUGGUCCUGCUGACAUCACCUGUUCCUCAGUCUGUCAGCUGAUCAGGGUGAUUGAUUAGUGAUUGGCUGAUCAUUUUUAUUUCUGAUGUUAAACAAACAAGUGAUUGCUAAAGAAGCUGAGGCUCGCGGCCCCCCUCCAGGCCACAGGACUCCUCUGAGGGACCACGGUCUCUGGUGGGUUGAACUGGUUCCCAGUAAACCAGAUGGAAUCUGGUCCAGAUCAGUUCAGAACCUUCAGAUGUCCAACAGACGAUAUCAAUAAAUGUCCAUCAACUGAUCAGUUAGAUCAAUAAAACACCUUCUGAUAAACAUAAAACCAUUUUCAUAGGAUCAGAUUGUGAUGUUUCAAACAGAAACUAAAAGUAUUGAUUAUUAAUCUUCAGACUGAAACCAGCAGUGAAUGAUUCUAACAUCGUCUUCAUCUUCGUCAUCUUUUUCCUCUUCAUCACACCGCAGUACAAACACUCACUACAGCACCUCAUGUGAAUUCAUCCGCUGCUGAAAAUAGUCCCCAACAAAGUCCCUGUUUCCUGCUGUUUAUUGAUCAGAACUGUAUUGAUCAGCUGAUCAACUACUGAAAUGAUAGAUGUGAGUUUUUAAAGAUUGAUGUCUUCAGUAAGAACCAAUGAGACGCAGACAGGAAGUCGCAUGGAAAAACACCAGACUGAUCCUUUAACAUCACUUUAACACAGUAAUUCAUUUUAAAUGACCCGGUUAUUGAUCAGUGAAAAUGUGUUGAUCAGCCCUGAUUCUGACAGACUGAGGCACAAACUCUGAACAGUGUCGAUUUCUGUUUCCAUCUGCUUUUAUUUUGAAGGACAACACUUUGAGAGCAGGACGUACUUUGAGUGGUGGGACUGAUCGAUCAGUCGGAUCGGAUGCCUUAUCAAUAAUCCUCUGUGAACACUGACGUCAGCAGCAGAGCCAGCUGAUUGGUUGUGCAGUAUGAUGCCAGCUGUGUCACACCUUAGGCCCUGCUGUCACUGUGAUGCGUUCAAGGGACCGAAGAAGGAAACUGUUCACGCUCUUAAAAUGAGACGUCUGCAGGCGCGUUCAGGUGCUGAUGGUCGUUUCGUAAAAGUCAGCGUUAAUUCUCAGGACCUGCUGUCCCGAAAAUACUCAUAACUCGUUUAUAAACCCUUUUAUUUAAACAGAUGAAUUAUUAAUUAAAUGAAGUCACAUUUCCUACAUCAUCCCAAAACAUAAAACCACUCUGAUCGUUUAGUUUAAACAGUUAAUUCAUAAAAGUAAUUAAUCUAACUCAGAUAUACAAUCGUGUGUAUAUAUAUAUAUAUAAUUAUUUCAUUUCUGCGUUUCAUUGGCUGAAAUCAGUCACACGAUCCUGGAUCACCUGAUGAAUCAAGUCACUUGAACGCACCGUUGACCAGGUGAUCUGAGCUGUGGACAGACGGACUGCUUCUCUUUUGGUUGUGUUCUGCAGAAUUCUUCAUUGUGUUGCAAAGAGGGCGGAGCCUAAAGUGUGACAUCAGCAUCAGAAACUGAGCCAGACUGGGAGGUUUGGGGGGGGGGGGGGGGAUUUAGUUAUUUCUUCUUCUUCGUGCCUCUGCUGGAUGACUGUAGCCUUGUUAGUUGAUCUGAAGCCUGAAACUCAUCAAACUGUAUUUAACUGUCCAGUAAAACCAGUGCACAACAACAGCUGUUUGCACACACACACACACACACACGGUGUGAACGAGUGAA